CAUUUUCAGAGUAGAGCUUAUCAACUAACUUGAAGUUACUGUAUUCACAUUAGGAAGGAAAUCGAAUUGAUUCAGUUUCUUUAUAAAAAUUAAUAGGGCUUUGGUGCUGGCAGUCAAAGCUAGAGGUUAGCCUGAUUGAAACUACCAAAAUCAAGGGCACUUUUUCUGCAACUCAGGCGAACAAAUUAAAAUGACCAGUGAAGGGGAGAGUAUCUACAACAAACAGUAUCCAGAAAAUGAUGAGUUAAAUAACACGGUUUUAUUUGGGAAGAAACUCAGUUCAAUAGAUGUACCAGAACACCUGUUGGAAUACGCAGAAAAACAGAACUUCCACAUACAGGGAUACAGUUUUGAAGCUAAAGAAGAACAACUAAGGCCUCCAAGGGUUGUUCGAGUUGGGGUUAUCCAGAACUGUAUUGUGGCUGACACGUCAGAGCCGGUCGCCACUCAAAGAGAUGCGAUACACAACCUCAUUGCCAAAAUAAUCCACUCGGCUGCCGAGUGUAAGGUCAAUGUCCUCUGUCUACAGGAAGCAUGGACAAUGCCAUUUGCUUUCUGCACCAGAGAGAAACUUCCGUGGCUGGAAUUUGCUGAAUCAGCAGAACGAGGACCAACGACACGAUUCCUUCAGAAAUUUGCCAAAGAGUUCAAUAUGGUGAUUGUGUCACCGAUUCUGGAGCGAGAAGAAAACACUGAUUUGAUCUGGAACACGGCAGUGAUAAUUGAUAACCAUGGAAUCGUAAAGGGAAAACAUCGCAAGAAUCACAUUCCCAGGGUUGGCGACUUCAAUGAGUCUACAUAUUACAUGGAAGGAAACACUGGCCAUCCCGUCUUUAAGACAGAGUUUGGUAAUAUUGCAGUGAACAUCUGCUAUGGCCGUCAUCACCCUCUCAACUGGCUCAUGUUUGGUCUGAACGGAGCUGAGAUUGUGUUUAACCCAUCUGCUACGGUUGGCGGGCUUAGUGAGCCGUUGUGGAGUUUGGAAGCUCGGACAGCAGCCAUUGCCAACAACUACUACACCUGCGCCAUCAACAGAGUAGGUACAGAGACAUUCCCUCACGAGUUCACCUCGGGAGAUGGGAAUCCUGCUCACAACAGCUUUGGUCACUUCUACGGCUCCAGCUACAUCACUGCUCCUGACGGCUCUCGAACCCCGUCCUUGAGUAGGACAACAAGUGGACUUCUCCUCGCAGAUUUGGAUCUAAAUAUGUGUAGACAAGUAAAGGAUUCUUGGGGCUUCAGGAUGACAAUGCGACUGGACAUGUAUGCUGAAGAACUGGCAAAAGCAGCAACCCCUGACUACAAACCUCAGAUCAUAGAGUGAAUAUCGUAAAGGUGUGGCUAUUUACAAAGGUUUGUUAUAAUCAAUGUCUAACAAAUAAAUAACAGUUAUAAAGUAGAUGGGUGAAAGCACAGAAAACAUACUACUAUAACCCAGAAUGUGCAUAGCAACGCUGGUGGCGCUGCCUACAAACUGACAGGCAAAGCUCUCUCGAAGUACUUUAUGCUUUUUACAAUGCGGUUGGCAUUCUGGGUUGUAGUAGUAUGUUUUCUGUUGUGAAAGGUAGAUCUACAAACCUAAUAUGAUUAGGAUGAUCAAAUCAAAAUGUACUAAUGGUACUACCUAUAACAAUAUCAUUCAUCUAAAGAUGAACCGUCUAGAUGUGGUUUAGUUUACUAUUGUAUCUUUAACAAAUUUGUAUGGUCGCCAUUUUAGAAUAAAGUAUUAAAGCACAAUUAGAACUACUCAGUAUCAAGUCCUUUAAAUGGUCCAAAGGUGUAAAUUACUGUGAUAACUGUUUGUUGGCAUUUGAAACCACUCCUUCUAACCACAGGAGGGUUUUGUACUGAAAACAUAUUUUUCCUUAAUGUAUUAAUGUUGAUUUUACACAUUUUCCACUUCACGAUAGCUUUUGGCUGAAAAUAUUUAAAAAUUGUAUGUUUCAUCAUAUUCUUUUACUAUAGUUCGUUCACAAAAUUUAGACGGUUUGUGGGGAAGGUCCUCCACCACUUUGUCUGCAUAAUGUAUGUUGCAGAUUGACAUUUUGUCAAAUCUCUGCUGUUGAGCUAUGUUUCAAUGGUUGGAACAAGACAAGGAGGGGAUAGAUUUCUUUCCCUAAAACCGCCUUUUGUGAAAGAACCAUAGUUGCACGGUUUGUUCUUGGACGGUUAUGUUUAAUUUAAAACAUGUGAUACAAUGUUUAGGUUGUACAAAUUAACUAGUCAACAAGUGUAAAUAAACAUGUAACAAUCCUAUUUGUAAAUAGUACAAAUCAAUGCCUACAUUCUAACUAGCAUUUAAAAGCCUACAUACGAGGGCUAUCAAGAAAAUAGGUUACGUUUUGGAAUUAAGGAUAAACAAAGUCUUAGAAAAAUAUAUUACUAUUCACAAAUGAAAGCCACACUUAAUACUACUUUUCAACAUAAUCACCUUUUAUAUUAAGGCACUUGUCGUAAUGUCGAAGGAGCUUAGAAAUUCCUUCGUCGUAGAAUUUGGCCGUCUGCGUCUCCAACCACUUGGUUACCUCUUCUUGUAGCUGUGCUUCGUUAUCAAAACGCUGCAUAGCCAGCCACUUCUUCACUGCUGGGAAUAAGUGAAAGUCGCUCGGUGCCAGAUCGGGACUGCACGGCGGAUGAGGAAACAACUCCCACUUAAAAGAUUCAAGAACUUCGCGAGUGACAUUCGUUGUCAUGAAUCAACAGGAUCUUUUGAGCUUAACUUUCCCCUGUGCUUGUUUUGUAUCGCUCUUUAAGGUUUUGCAGAGAUUGGCAUUUCCUUUGCAAGUUUAUUGUAGUGCCUCGUCCACAAAAUUUACACCUUCCCUAUCCCAAAAAGCAGUUGCCAUCACCUUCCUUGCCGACAUUAUUUUUGUUUGCAUUAAUUUCUUGGGUUGGGGGGGGGAAAUUUGUGCGCCCCUACUGCAUUGACUGCGGUUUUGUCUUGCAGAUCACAUGUUUGACCCAUGUUUUGUCCCCAGUAAUGAUGCGAUCGAGUAGUGAGUCACCUUCUUUAUCGUAAGCAUCCAGAAAUGUUAGUGCUGCAGCCAAUUACUGAUUUUUGUGACUCUGUCAAGAUUUGCGGUACCCAUCUUGCACAAAACUUGUGGUAACCAAGCUUUUCAGUUAUCAUCUCGUGCAACAAACCUAGUGAAAUUUGUGGAAAACCCAUAGAGAGUUCCGUUAUUGUGAAUUUUGUGGACUUUGGCAUAGACUUUUUCGACAGUUCAGCAGUCACAAUGCUUGGGUCUUCCACAUCGCUCUUCCUCGUGAACGUUAGUUCGAGCAUUUUAAAAUUGUAUGACUCACUGACACACUCCACCUUCCGUAAUAAUGUUUCCCCCAUAAACUUCACAAAGUUUAACUUGUGAACUUGUGUUGUUUGUUGUUAAGUGAGUCGGUGGCUCAGUCGGUAGCGUCACGGACUUCGGGCCCAAGGCAGCGAUGUCGUGGGUUCGGAUCCUGGUCACUGCCGAUAACAUUUUAUCAGUACAGUUCACCUUUGUACUGUACCGGCUCACUCCUUGCUUUGCUGUAAACGAUCCACGCACGGGCGCUUAGUCUAUGUGGACGGGCAAAUGCAAGGUUAAAAGAGGCCGCCAACCUCUUUAAAACAAAAAAUAAAUAAAAUAAAAAAUAAAAAAGUUGCCGAUAGAUUUCUAUUGGUUUGCAGUCAAAAAUCAACUUCACAGUUCACGGCAUUUUCAAUUAACACAUACAUUUUAAACUGUCACAGUAACUCAAAUAAGUACAGCAGAAACCUCUCACUAGCACGACUAGAUGCCGAAUGAGCUGCGUAACGAACUGACACCAAGAUGGCCGCGCUAGCCCCGCCCCUUGCGGAUACAGACAAAAACGUAAUCUACUUUCUGGAUAGUCCCUGUACAUUGGCAAACUUCAUUGCAUGUUGUAAUUGUAUAAGCCAUAAGAUGAUCAUUGCAAGGAUUGUGCAUUUUGAUAAUGUUACUAAAAUUUAAGUUAAAGCUUAGAGGAAUGUUAAUAAAGAACUACUUCAGAGUGGUGAGAAAGUGACAUAGGAUCUGUCCUUGUGUUGCACAAAUAUGCAAGUUUUGAGCCAAUAAAUGUAUUAUUAUUGUCAUACCAAAAAAUGCAAUGGUAUGGGUAAAAAUAUUUUGUGAAGUUGUUUAGUCUAACUUAGGAUAUGAAUGUUGGGUACUAAUUGUAAGGGAAAGGCUAUUUGAAUUAGAUUAUAGCUGAAAAAUAUAUUUUUAUGAUAUAAUAUAUUUUAAUUAACUAUAUCAUAUCCAA